AACCCUGAGGUCACUUCUUCAAUGUAAGCAAACUUGGUGGGGCACCGUGCAUCGGCGAACCCAAUAAUACAAGAUCGUUUAACGUGUAUGUGCGCAGUGAGAUUUAGUGGAUUGUUUAUUAAUUUGGUACUUGACAGUGUUAUCAAACCGGCUUCUGCAUGGAACUAAAGGGGCAUGCGAUGGGGACCUGGAUAUUUUUGUGUGUCUUGAUUUUCUAUACAUCCGAUGCGAUUCCCACUGUAACGACCUCUGCCAGUUUGGUGGUGUCAACGCCAGCGACGAGUGAUCUGGGUGACCCCACAGAAAACGAAAAUAAUAUAAAACAGGACGCGCCGACUAUACCAAAAAUAUACGACAUGAAUGUGGAGACCAACGUUUCGAAUCGUUACGCGAAAACGAUCAUUACGAGCAAAGUAAAGAAUCUGAAUGAAAUCGCACGGGAAGCCACAUUUUCGGUCGUUCUACCGGACCAAGCUUUCAUUUCCGGUUUUACCAUGGAAAUAGACGGAAAAAGCUACGAGGCGUAUAUUCAAGAGAAGGAGGAAGCUAAAAAGACUUACGAGAAGGCCGUGAGUAGCGGACAGUCUGCCGGUCAUGUGGCAGUCAGCGCGAGAGAUUCAAACAGAUUCACCGUUUCCGUCAACAUUGAACCCCAAAGUAAAGUGGUGUUCUAUUUGAGAUACGAAGAAUUGUUGUCCAGAAAAAAUGAAAAAUACGAAAUUCUUCUCAACAUCCACCCCGGACAACCUGUUAAAAAUCUGAAAGUUCAGGUGAACAUCGUUGAAUCCCGUCCGCUAAAAUUCGUAAAAACGCCGUCGCUUCGUUCCGGGAACGAAAUUUCAAAGAACGAUAGCAAAUUGGAACCUGAAGCCGACAUUAAUCGCGUAAAUGAAACGUCUGCCGUCGUCACGUUUACACCGAACAUCGAAAAGCAAAAACAAUUGACAGUCGGUCUGGGUGGCAAAGAAGAAGAUGGCUUGUCUGGGCAGUUUGUCGUUCAAUAUGACGUCGAAAGGGAUCCCGAAGGUGGCGAGGUCUUGGUAGAUGGGGGUUAUUUCGUUCAUUUCUUUGCUCCCGACGAACUUCCAGCACUUCCUAAACAAGUAGUUUUCGUGUUAGACACCAGCGGAAGCAUGGACGGAAUAAGGAUAUCGCAGCUCAAGCAGGCAAUGGACAGUAUUUUGGGUGAACUGAAGCAAGAGGAUAUCUUUAGCAUUGUCGAGUUUAGUUCGGUGGUGAAAGUAUGGAAUUUGGAGACUGCGGAAGUUGUGUACGAAGUGGGAGAAGAUCCAUUUGCGUUCGGCAUCGCUCCGAAAAAACCGAAAAAUAAAACGGAACAGGUACUUCCGCCUUCGUUUCCCGCUUCCAGCGAAAACAUUAAAAACGCUAAGGAAGUCGUUAAGAAAUUUGAAGCCUAUGGUGGCACCGAUAUUCAGACUGCCCUCAAAAUCGGUUUAAAAAUUGUUAAAACUAACGAAGAUCCGAAAUCCCAUCAGCCCAUAUUGAUCUUUUUGACGGACGGGGAACCCACCGUGGGAGUCAUUAACGGUCAACAAAUUAUAUCGACGAUUACAGAACUGAACACCGGCAAAGUACCGAUUUUCUCUCUGUCGUUUGGCGACGGCGCCGACAGAGACUUUUUGCAAAAGAUCUCUUUAAAAAAUCAAGGCUUCGCCCGGCACAUUUACGAAGCGGCGGACGCCUACCUGCAACUGCACGACUUCUAUAGGCAAAUUUCGUCGCCUCUUCUUUCUAACGUCACCUUUAAAUACGUAGACAAAGUUGCCAACGUCACACGGACGCAUUUUCCUAUUUUAUUUAGGGGAGGAGAAGUUCUGACCGCCGGAAUUAUAGAUCCCGGUUUUGCCCCACCAGCCGUAGAGGGAUGGGGCAUCCACGGUCCCAUUGUAUUAACUCCAAAAGUUUACCAAGCGGCCGGAAAUUUAGAGAAAUUGUGGGCGUUCCUUACCGUCAAGCAGAUAUUGGAGCAGCGGGAUUUAGUCGACGGCGACGAUAAGAAACGUUUCACCGAGGAAGCCCUAAAACUGGCGUUGAAAUAUUCUUUCGUUACGGAUGUUAGUUCUUUGGUGGUGGUCAAACCCAAUGAUACUAGCGCCGUUGACACCGAAGACGCUUCGAAAAGUGUUCCCGACUACCGUUACCCGAUUAGCUCAGCCGGUUAUGCUCGUGGUCCCAAUAGGUUAGCGUUUCCAGCUCAAAUCUAUAGGUCUAAGCUAGCAGCAUUUCCAUUAUACGGUGGAGCAGCGCGUCCUCAGUUAGCAAGUUUCUCCACAUCUUUCAUGGCCGGCCCACCUAUGCCGAUAGACGCAGGUCAGCACCAUACCCUUUUUAAAUCUUCUUUAGGACAAAUCGAAGAUUAUGAGGAAGCGCUCAUAGCUGGCGGACCCAUUUCUACUCCAUUUUUGCCCUCUUCAACCUCGGAGCAAACAACUACAGUACCUAAUGUUUUUCCUUCAGAGAUUGCGUGGAUGACUAGCGUCGUGAAUGACGAUGGGGACAUUACGCUUGGUUUCGGAACUUAUAAUUUGGGAUUGAACGAGACAGUUUCGGUGAAGCCGCCGUGUAACAAUGCUCCUCAUAAUUUCACAGGAUUUUGUUCGUUGGUACUUGAGUGCACCGUCAUUCAUUUGAAUUUGACAGAUCUGGCAGCAUUUUCGAAAUAUUUUUGCGAAGUAGAGGGGUAUGGCGGAGUAUGCUGCCCACAACCAAUAGACUAGGUACCUUCUCCUAAGUAUGAUUUACAACGUCAC